UAACCGAGGAAGGGAGGGAGGGAGGGAGGGGAGGAGAGAGAAAUAACGGACGCCACCUCCUCCCCCUCGCUCGCUUCCUCCUCCUCUCUCUCUCUCCCCUGCUUCUUCUUCCCCUUCCAUUCCCAACGAGGCAACGACUCGCCAGCCUGCCUGCCUGCCUGCCCGCCCUUCCUCACCCUCGCACCCGCGGCGGCGCGGAGGGCCGGACCCCAAACCCUAACCCUAGCGGCCCGGGCGCCACCUCCGGUCCCGCCCGGCCGCGAUGGGGCAGUGCUACGGGAAGGCGGGGGGAGGCGGGUCGUCGCGGGCGGACCACGACGACGACCCGGCGGGGGCGGGGGCGGUCGCGCCGCCGUCCCCGCUACCGGCCAACGGCGCGCCGCAGGCGCCGCCGCUGCCCGCCACGCCCAGGCGCCGCAAGUCCGGAUCGACCACGCCGGUGCACCACCAGGUGGCCACGCCCGGCGGGGGCGGCGGCGCCUGGCCCAGCCCCUACCCCGCCGGUGGGGCUAGCCCGCUCCCCGCGGGCGUGUCGCCGUCGCCCGCCCGCUCCACGCCACGGAGGUUCUUCAAGCGGCCCUUCCCGCCGCCCUCGCCCGCCAAGCACAUCAAGGCCACGCUCGCCAAGCGGCUCGGCGGGGGAAAGCCCAAGGAGGGCACCAUACCGGAGGAGGGUGGCGUUGGCGCCGGCGCCGGCGCGGCCGUCGGGGCUGCUGAUUCCGCCGAGGCCGAGCGCCCGUUGGACAAGACGUUUGGCUUUGCCAAGAACUUUGGGGCCAAGUACGACCUCGGGAAGGAGGUCGGGAGGGGCCACUUUGGCCACACCUGCUCCGCCGUCGUCAAGAAGGGCGAGUACAAGGGCCAUACCGUUGCCGUCAAGAUCAUCUCCAAAGCUAAGAUGACAACAGCCAUUUCCAUUGAAGAUGUUCGUAGGGAGGUCAAGAUUUUGAAAGCUCUAUCAGGGCACAAUAAUCUCGUCAAAUUCUAUGAUGCAUGUGAGGACGCCCUCAAUGUCUACAUUGUCAUGGAAUUAUGUGAAGGUGGAGAGUUGCUAGAUAGGAUUUUAGCCAGAGGUGGGAGAUAUACAGAAGAAGAUGCCAAAGCGAUUGUUGUACAGAUUUUGAGCGUAGUGGCCUUCUGUCAUCUUCAGGGAGUAGUGCACCGUGAUUUGAAGCCAGAGAAUUUUCUUUUCACGACAAGAGAUGAAAGUGCUCCUAUGAAGUUGAUUGACUUUGGUCUGUCUGAUUUUAUUAGACCAGAUGAAAGGCUCAAUGAUAUUGUUGGAAGUGCAUAUUAUGUUGCUCCGGAGGUUCUACACAGAUCGUACAGUAUGGAAGCAGACAUUUGGAGUAUAGGUGUCAUAACAUACAUUCUUCUGUGUGGCAGUAGGCCAUUUUGGGCAAGGACAGAAUCUGGGAUCUUCCGGUCUGUGUUGAGGGCUGAUCCCAACUUUGACGAUUCACCAUGGCCUUCAGUAUCUGCUGAAGCUAAGGAUUUUGUGAAGAGAUUUCUGAACAAGGACUACCGAAAAAGAAUGACUGCUGUCCAAGCACUGACUCACCCUUGGUUACGAGAUGAACAAAGACAGAUUCCAUUGGACAUACUCAUUUUCAGAUUAGUUAAGCAAUAUCUUCGUGCUACUCCUCUUAAACGUUUGGCAUUAAAGGCACUAUCAAAGGCUUUAAGGGAGGAUGAACUUUUGUAUCUUAGAUUGCAGUUUAAGCUGCUUGAACCCAGAGAUGGGUUUGUAUCACUCGACAACUUUCGGACAGCUCUGACAAGAUAUUUAACUGAUGCUAUGAGAGAAUCAAGGGUUCUUGAGUUUUUGCAUGCGCUGGAACCACUUGCGUACAGAAAGAUGGACUUUGAAGAAUUCUGUGCUGCAGCAAUCAGCCCAUACCAGCUCGAGGCUUUGGAAAGGUGGGAAGAAAUUGCUGGAACAGCUUUUCAGCACUUCGAACAAGAGGGCAACCGAGUUAUAUCGGUUGAAGAGUUGGCACAGGAACUAAAUCUCGCGCCAACUCAUUACUCCAUCGUGCAAGAUUGGAUCAGAAAGUCGGACGGCAAGCUUAACUUUCUUGGGUUUACCAAAUUUUUGCAUGGUGUCACAAUACGGGGCUCAAAUACAAGACGACACUAAACGGUUGCAAAUUGUAUUCGCUUCUAAUUUAAAGCCUCUCAUCAAUUAUAUGGCCCUGAUUGCUGUUACCCCUACCUCCUGCUUGCCCUGCCCCUUCGUCUGGUCAAUGACCAUUCUUGUUUGUGAUGUCGCCGGUUGUUGUCGUCAUAGCUUUUGUAGAGUACAUGUAAAGAUCCUUGUAAUGGCGAAAUCAUAUGGUUUGCUCAAGAAAUAUAGUGUCAUUUGUUCUUUUUGGCUCACCAGUUUUGAACCAUUAUUAUCCGUGGAUA